AAUUAAAACAAAAUAACCCCAUCAGAUCUCACAAAGCACGCAAAAAAUAAAAAAAAUAUCAAAUAAAAAUGGAAGGAGCAGUAAAUGGCGGUGCACAUAAGAAAAUAGCCAGUGGAAGGGUCAAGUGGAUCACAGAAAUGGAGAACCUACUCAUUGACCUGUGGCAAGAAAAUAUAGACGAUUUGCGGGGAGUCCGUAAGAACUCCCACGUUUAUAUGGAGAUGGCCCAGACCAUGAAGGAGGGGUGUGAUCUCGAUGUAGGAUGGACAGAAGUACGAACGAAGGUUGAAAACUUGACCAAAAAAUACAGGAUGGAAAAAAAUAAAGUGGGGCCAAGCGGAGGGGCUUAUGUUCAUUGCAGAUAUUAAGGAGUUUUUUUCGGACGUGAUCGAGGUGGACCUAGACGGAUCCUGCAGCUCCAGCGCACUCUCUGUGAGCAAUGGGCCCCCACAGAAGCGCACCAAGCUGGAUAGCGUAGUGGCUCUGCUCGUAGAGGUGAACAGAGAGCGCCUAGCUGCUCAGAAGGAUCACCAUAAAAAGCAGGAGGAUCACCACAAGAGGCAGGAGUAUCUCCUCGAGGAGCUGAUCCGAACCCAGACGACGUUUCAAACUGACUUCAUGCAAUUUUUAAGAGAAAACAAACAGCAGUAGUACGUUUUUAUAAUAAA